AUGGAUGAAUUAGAACGUCGACGAAUUGAAGCGUUCAUUGACGAUUUCGAUGAUAAUGAAGAUAUUUGGGGAGGGAACUCAAGUGACGAAGAAGAGGAUAAUGUUGAAAUGUUACAAAAAGAUCAUAACACUGAUACUGAACAAUCCGAUAUUUCUGAUGAAGAAAACUCAGAACAGGCAGAAUAUAAUUUCGUAGAUAAUGCGAUUAUAAACGAUGAUAAUUACCAUGAAUCAGAUGAUGAGUUACCACUUAGCAUGAGAAUGUUGCCAUACUAUAUUGGGAAAGAUGGAACUAGGUGGAAUAAACGUGCGCCAAACCAGAGAGUUCGCACGUCUAAAAAAAAUUAUGUUACGGAAAAAUCAGGUGUUUCUCCAACUAUUAGAAACAAAACAAAUAUUCUUGAAUGCUGGCAAGUGUUUUUUACAAAACCCAUGUUAGAUACAAUAGUAAAUUGCACCAAUAUAUAUAUAUCAAAGGCACGUGCAAGUUAUAGUCGCGAACGUGAUGCAUCGGAUACCGACUACAAAGAAAUAAAAGCAUUGAUUGGAAUUUUAUACAUGACGGGUGAGUAA